AUGCAUCCUAUUCCCUUGUCGCUGCUUUGCGGCGCCCUGUUACCUUUUGUAACCGGAGCCAAUGCUCUACCCAAAGCCUCGCGUGCAGAGAAGCACUAUGCUAUCAUGGACAAUGAUUGGUACACAGCAGGCUUCGUACCAUACCUAAUUGCUCUCGACGGAGAUAUAGAGAUCCUCGGUCUUGCCUCAGACACAGCAAACAGCUGGCAACCCCAAGGCGCCCUUCACGCCGUAGCAACCCUAGAAGCCGGAAACCUAAGCUGCAUCCCCGUCUACCCCGGUGCAACAUACCCACUCAUCAAUACACCAGAACGUUUCCAGGCAUGGGAAACCAUUCACGGAAAACUGCCUUGGGAAGGCGCUUUCGCUCCGGAGAACAAGACCGCUGAGGCUGCUGGUAGCGAUCCUACCUCCGGUAACCCGAAUCGUAUAGUCAAAGCUGCGUUUAAGGAGGGAUACCCCAAGGGAAAGCCGGAAAACUCUACCUCUGCUGCGAACUUUAUGGUUGAGAUGGUGCAUAAAUAUCCUGGUCAGGUAUCUAUUUACUCUGCUGGAGCGUUGACUAAUGUUGCGCUGGCCGUUCGUAUGGAUCCUGAGUUUGCGUCGCUGGCUAAGGAUCUAGUUAUUAUGGGUGGGUAUGUGGAUUUAAAUAUGUUGAUGGCUACUGGAAGUAUCCUUCUCGCUGAUCUGCAGUCUGAUAUCAACCUCAUGAUCGACCCUGAAGCUUCGAAAAUCGCAUUGACGGCCGAUUUUCCCAACAUCACUAUUGCGGGCAACGUCGCGAACCAGGUUUUUCCUAGCCAGGAAUUUGCGGAUGAGGUUUACUCCGUCCCGAACCCGUAUAGCAAACUUUUCCACGAUUAUUAUGAUCUUUCUUUUCCAUUCUGGGAUGAGACUGCUGCGGCGCUUAUGGUUGAUCCGUCGCUUGCUACCAAUCAGACUUCAGUCUAUUUGGAUGUCGAUAUCUCAUACGGCAGUCCCAAUUAUGGCAAUAUCCAUGUGUACCAGGAGGCUCUUGCCCCUCGUGGCAUUCGGGAAGUCAACUAUGUUUUCCAGGUUGAUGCGGAUAGACUCAAGCAGCGGAUCAAGCAUGCGCUACAAUAUCCGAAGUCGUGUGCGGAUCUGUAG